GAUGUGGAAGUUCCUACUGUUCAUCGCGGCAGUGGUCGCCUGGUCGGACUCGGCACAAGCCGACAAUGUGUACCUGACCACGCUAGGAGGCUGGGAUUUCUUUAAAGUCCCCGCGGUUGGCGCGAUGACCAAUUCCAACGUGAUAGCGACUUGUGGGAGGGCUGGGAUGGCGUACCCUUGCUGGUGGUCACGUUAUUCUUGUAACUACGAUUGGGACCAAGGCUGUAUCAAGUUCGACGAUGGCGGACACUGCGAUACUCUUAUCGCCCUCUCGGUCAGUUUGUGUGGGCACGAGCAAGCUUGGUACUGUCAGCCCCUUUUUGACACCUUUGUGUACUACCCAAACUUGAGCUGGCCAUACCAUGACGACAGUGCCGGGGGCUUGGAUUACGAAAACGUCCAAAGUGUGGACCACGGGCAAAAUGUGCUGCACGGAUCACACUAUUUCAAUAAGUACGCCCUGUGUGCUGCUAAAGUGGGUUCCCACAAUGGCGGCACUGACGUCUUCACGGGCUGAAGAUGAAGCCCAAAACCCAACUGGAAAGCAUAAAGCAGUUAAC